AUGUUAUCCAAUAUUAGAAUACUACGAAAAAAUCACGCGAAUAUCAUAAAAAUUUUAAUACCAUCUUUUGGCAACCAAAAUUAUUUAUCAAGAUCACAUAGUAUAAUAAGUCCAAUAUUAAUACGGCAUUUCUCAAAAUCCAAUAAAUCAAGCAUAAAUUCCUCGAAACACCUUUUAAAUGAAAAAUCAAACGGAAAACUAGGUAUUAAAUCAUCUGCCGUUAAUACCACCUCUGCUACAAAAGCAACACUUUUAGCUCAAACAAGUUCAAGAUUACAAAGAUUAUGGCUAAAUAUCAAGUGGCCAUUGAUAAGAAAUGGUAAAGGUUCAAAAUGGGAUAUAUCGUCAGCCUUCAUUUCUACAAUGAUUAUGGGAAAUUUAUUAUGGAUUAUUUUGGGAACUACGACUUUUGGUUUAGUAGUUAUGUAUUCUUUACAUUAUUUAGAUAAUUUGUUCUCAGAUACAGAAACCAAGGAAGAGAAAAGGCACAAAAAUAGUGUUUUUGGUUAUAUAACAAGUAGUAUAUUGUCAAAUGGAUUAGGAUUUAAUUUACAAUUUGAAAAGGGAAUAUUACCAGAAUUUAAAGAUGGGAAAUUACGAUUCAAGAAUUUUAAAUUAGUAUCUAAAGAUAAUAGUCAAUUAAAAGUUACUGCAAAUAUUGAAGCAAUGGAUUUAACAUUAUCAUUUAAUAAAUGGUAUGAAGGAAAUGGAUUAAUUUAUGAUUUAGAAAUAUUUGGAUUAAAUGCUAAAAUCGUUAAGAAAUCAGAUACAAAGGAAGAUUUAGUUGAUAUUGAUAAAAAUUAUCUUUUUGAACAUGUUAAAAUUUUUGAUUCAUUUUUGGAGAUAUAUGAACCAAAUUCAGAUGAACCAACUAAAAUAAAUAUUUUUAGUUGUGAUUUACCAAAAUUAAGGGGUGAUCAAUUAGUUCUUGAUUUUUUCAAUGCAAACAAUGCAUCUGGAGCUAUAAAUAAUUCAUUAUUUACUAUUCAUAAAAGACAAAGUUUAGAUCCUCAAAGUAAACCUGAUGAUAAAUUAAUUAGAUUUAAAUUAGAUGCAAUUGAUUUAGGUAACAUUUCAAAAGUUAACCCCAAACUGAAAUUUAAUUGGUUAGUUAAUGGUAAAGCAGAAGUUAUAGCUGAUAUAACAUUACCUAAAAAUGAGGAACAUAACGAAUCAAUAAGUGAUUUAAUCACAAAAUUAUUUAAUAAUAUUUCAAAUAUGAAUAAACCAACUGAAAAAUCCAAUGAAGAUUCAUUAUUAAAAGACGCAAUCAAUGCUAUAUAUUAUACUUUUAAAUCAUCAGAUAAUGAAGAAAUACUCAAUGAAUCUUAUGUAAUGAUUAACGUAAAAGUUAAAUUUUCAGAAUUACAAGCAAGUUUACCACAAAAUUUACCAUUAUCUUCAAAUUCAGUUCCAUUCAUAUCAUUAUCAGAUUUAAGGUCAAUAAUAGGUUUUAUAAAUCAUGAAAAACAACCAAUAACUUUAAAAACCACAAUAAUUGAAAAAAUUUCAAAUCUUUAUAAUAUUGAACAUUUAGGUCAAACUAAAAUGUUUGAUUCAAUAGUUGCUGAUAUGUAUGAAGAAUUAAUUGGAAUGGUUAAAGAAGAUGAAAAAAGAAUUGUUUCUUCAAAAACUUGGACUAAAACUAUUGCUACUCAAUUAAUACUUUUGGGUUUAGGUGCAUUAGCUUAA